CGCGGCAAGCAGGGAUUCUGAACCAUUCUUAUGGCUUAAAAAGUCUCACAAGCCUUGUACAUUUGCAUGUUUAUUUGCAUGUCAUUUAUCAUUGCCCCAUUACCGAAUACCUUUGAGGCAUUUGAUAAGAUAUUACGCAACAAUUCACCUCCCAGUUUCUUUCUUUUCCCUUUUUCUAUUCUUUCGAAUCGCCGAACAAUCUAUUUCACUACAACGAGAAAGAGAGCCAUCUGCCCAUCAUGUCGGAACUCAUAGAUCUAGUCGCCCAUCUAUUCGAUUCGAUAUCCGAGCUCUAUACGCUGGUUAGAGACCGCUUUAGCAAUAACAUCGCCGAGUCAUUUACGUCUAUGACGGCGAAGGAAUGGAUUCGGCUAGUCAUCAUCGUUGGUGCAUAUGCAUUAUUGCGACCGUAUAUCAUCAAACUCGGCGCCAAGCACCAAGAAAAGCAGCUCGAGAAACAAUUCGCAGAAGAAGAGGCAAAGCAAGCGGAAAUAUCGCCUAAUCAAUUACGCGGCGAAGUCGGUAUACCUGAGGAUAGCGACGACGACGAGGAGCAAGCGGAAACCACGGCUUCGGAUUGGGGAAAGAAGGCGCGGAAGCGCCAGAGGAACAUGAUAAAGAAGUUGCUGGAUGCCGAGGAGAAGAGACUCCAAGAGCUACAAGAAGACGAAGAGGAUAAGGAUAUUGAACAGUACCUAGUAGCAGACGACUAGGUAGUUGUACCACGUAGCAAGAGAAUAUCGACAUGCUUCGUUAUCCGUUAUCCGUAGCUAGAAUAGCAACAAAAAAAAACUACCUAUUAUUGGGCAAUCGAAUAUUUAUUGACC